AUGAUGGAGACUGUGGAGGGAGCUGAACUCUGCUUUCCACAACUCCUCAACACCUCCUGCAAGAAGCACACACAGCCUCACUCUGAGGCAAUGCUCACUUACAUUCUGCUGUCGUCCAUCUCUCUGCUCACUGCGGCUCUCAACCUGCUGGUCCUCAUCUCCAUCUCCCACUUCAGGCAGCUCCACACCCCCACCAACCUCCUCCUGCUCUCGCUGGCUGUAUCAGACUUCCUCGUGGGCCUCCUUGUGAUGCCAUUUCAAAUUCUCUUAACAGAACCCUGCUGGCUUCUGGGUGACCUGGUGUGCUCUUUGUGUUAUAUUUUACCCUUUAUCACUGUCUGUGCCUCAGUGGUAAACAUGGUGCUCAUAUCAGUCGACCGCUAUGUGGCUAUCUGUGACCCCCUGCACUACUCCACCAGAGUCACUCCCAGGAGAAUUCAAGUCUGUGUUCUUCUGUGUUGGGUUUACUCUAUUUUCUACAGCUUUCUGCUUUUACAUGAUAACCUGAUACAACCAGGUAUGUAUAGGUCCUGCUAUGGAGAAUGUGUGAUUCACAUUAUAGGAACUGUUGACCUUGUGUUAAACUUUAUCAUUCCCAUUUCUGCCAUCAUCAUUCUGUAUGUGAGAGUGUUUGUGGUGGCUGUGUCUCAGGCUCGUGCCAUGCGCUCCCACACUGCAGCUGUCACACUGAAGCUCUCAGGGACUGCAACUGCAAAGAAAUCAGAGGUGAAAGCAGCCAGGACUCUAGGUGUCAUUGUUAGUGUGUUUCUCAUGUGUUACUGUCCAUAUUACGGCGUCUCUCUCUCUGGCCAUAACCUCACAAUUGGUUCUGCAACUGAGGUCUUUAUGAUUUUCCUGGUAUAUUUUAACUCCUGUCUAAACCCUGUGAUAUAUGCCUUUCUCUAUCCCUGGUUUCGAAAAUCUGUUAAGCUCAUUGUUACACUGAAGAUACUGCAGCCUCACUCCUGUGAGGUCAGUGUACUGUAG